AUGGCCGCAGCCGACCCAACGUACCCUCUCUACCCUGUCGUCUGUUUUAUCAGUACCACGAUGCUCUGCCUGGUGCUGCUGACAAGCUUCGCACGACGGAACAUGAAUCUCGGUGUCUGUUUCCUGUGCUUUUGGCUUCUCAUCGAGAAUCUCUUCCUCGGCAGCAAAGCCAUCAUAUGGGCCGACAACGCCGACAUCAAGCUGUACGUAUUCUGCGACAUAGGUACUCGGAUCCAGGUUCUCACGUCCGUUGUCAAACCGAUGGCCACCUUGAUUCUCACUCGCCGCCUGUACUUGAUCACCAGUCUGCGAUCAGUAGACGCUUUGUCGAGCUCCAAAGCGAAGCGCAAAGAUCGCCUGAUAGAAUGGACAUUGGGACUGGUUAUACCCAUCAUUGUUGCAGGUCCUUUUUACUAUAUCGUACAAGGAGCUCGCUUCGAGGUCAACGAAGGUUUUGGGUGCCUCAAUGCUCAGGACAACUCGGGAUUAGAGAUGUUGCUGGUUCAGUCGUGGAAUGUUGUUCCACCACUACUAUCGAUCACCAUGUACUACCCUCGGGUGGCUUGGAUCUUCUACCGCCAGAAUCGGGACAUCAAUCAGUUCCUACGAAGCAACGAAUCGGUAUCGCGCAAUCACUACGUCCGCAUCCUGAUACUUGCAAGCAUAGAUAUCCUGUUCACACUGCCCAUCGGCAUCGUCGACAUCGUCCUCACCCUCAAGGCACUGCUGGAAGUCUCCCCAGUGUUCUACCCGGGAUGGAGUGCCGACCACAACAACUGGGACCCAAUAUCAAUCUCGUACGCUGAUUUCAAGACGUUCGGCACGGCAUCGAUAGCGCAGUUCUUUGUUUCGCAGUGGUCGUCGCCGCUCCUGGGGCUCAUCGUUUUCGGGCUGUUUGGUGCGACUCGGGAGGCCCGCGCGUCGUAUUGGUCUGUUGUAUGCACGGUCGGUGGAUGGUUCGGCUGGCGGCCGACGUCGAGCAACAAAUGUAGUAAACGUUCAACGCUCGGAGACAUUGAGUUUGGCGAGGGGCCUCAGCAGGUGUCGCUUGAUCUUGAGAUUGGAUCUCAACAUAGCCAUAUCGGUACUUCGACACAGCUCCAGGAAAAGAAAGACUAA